AUGACCGAAAACAACCUCUCACCAACAAGCGGCGACACCAAAAAGAAGUCGUUGAAAAUCCUCUGCUUCGGCGACUCCCUCACAGAAGGCUACACCAACUGGGGAAUGAUUUUCAAACCGUACAGUGACACAUUAAGAAAUGUAUUAGAGAAGGGAUUGAAUUCUCCCAAUUCUCCAAAGUCUUCCGAUUCAAGAGAGAAGAAGAAUGAGGAUCGUGUAAGAGGAGGAACAGGAAAAGAGGCCGUCAAGGAAUGGGAUAUUGAGAUUACGACAAAGGGUGUGAGUGGUCAGUUAGUAAGGGAUAUGGAGAGGAGGAUGAGGGGUUUAUGUAAGAUUCUUCUCUUGAUUUUUGGACAUCUUUUUCACUUUAUUAAUAGAAUGUUUAUUUCUUGUAUACCCUUCAGAGUUUCGUACACUCAAACUCACCUCACCCCAUCCACUCCCCCCUCAACCCUAACCACAUAUUCCUCCCCCUCACCCCCCCUCGCCCCCUCCCUUCACUCAAUUUCCCCAAUCAUCUCCACAACAACCCCUUCUAACCCACCCCCACAGACCAACUCCCCAAACCCUACACCCCCAUCAUCUUCCUCGGCGGAACAAACGACCUCGGCCACCGCCGACCGUCCUCCGACAUCCUAACCGACAUAAAAUCCACUCUCUCCAUUCCCCUCGCAACCGGUGCAAAAGUCCUACUAAUGACCAUCCCUCAAAGUGCUUCUCGAGCCACCUGGCUGGACCAGAACCGUGAUCUCGUGAAUGCGGGCUUGAAAGAAUGGGCUGGGGAUAAUGAGGACAUGUAAGAUGUACCCUUCUUCCCUUGCUCCCAUUGAUGAAUUUUCCAUACUUCCAUAUUGUUGUACGUAGGGUGAGGUACAGUAGGAUAGGAUAAUGACUUACGAUAUAUACACACAUAGUGAGAUCCUUGACCUCCAUGCUGCGAUGCCGUACCACUCUCUGUCGGAUUCGGAACAGGAAAGGCUGUGGGAUGAUGGCUUGCAUUUCACGGAAGCGGGGUAUGAGAAGAUGGGGAUUUUAUUAGGCGAGAGGAUCUUGUCGAUUUUGCAGAAGAGACCGGGAUGGUGUGAGUGACUUUUCACACCAUCGAUAGAUUCGGUCUCUAUACCUACGACAGAGACAGCAGAAGCUAUGCUGACAGAAAUAUAAAAUGAUAGUUAAUUUUAAUAUCUCUAGAGAUUUUUAUU